AUGACUACUGCCCCUGGUAGAUGGCAAGGGAGUAGAGCAAGUAGUCAACCCCUUGCGAGUCAAGUAGGCUUGGAGAUUCUACGCCAAGGUGGUAAUGCUGCUGAUGCUGCAGUUGGUGUGGCCGCGGCACUCAAUGUCACCGAGCCUUGCAGUACUGGCAUCGGAGGGGAUUGCUUUUGCUUGUUUUAUCAUGCAGGCAAAAAGCAAGUGCUUGGAUUAAAUGCCAGUGGUCGUUGUCCUGCUGGUCUAAACAUCAAUGUCUUGGCAGAACAGGGCAUUACCGACAAAUUGCCAUGGUUCAGUCCACAUGCAAUAACCGUUCCAGGCGCGGCUGCUGGAUGGGUUGAUACGGUAGAAAAAUUUGGUAGCGGUAAGCUGGAUUUGGGACAAAUUUUACAGCCAGCUAUCGAAUUAGCAGAAUAUGGUUUUCCUGUUCAUCCGGUCGCAGCGCAUCAUUGGCAGGUUGGAGCACCCUUAUUGACUAAUCCAAAAAAUCGUUUUGGUUACGAAAUGCUUUUGAACGGUAAACCACCUAAGGCUGGCGAAAUUAUGAAAAUGCCAAAUCUUGCACGGACUUUUAGGGAGCUAGCCACGCAAGGGAAAAAUGGUUUUUAUAGCGGACGGAUAGCUAAUGCGAUUGUUGACAUUGUAAAAGAACACGGCGGUUUAAUGACCCUCGACGACCUAUCUAGUCAUUAUAAUACUUUCGAUGACCCCAUAUGUGUCAAUUAUAAAGGAAUUAAUGUAUGGGAAAUCCCGCCUAAUGGUCAAGGCAUUACUGCUUUGCUAGCGCUUAACUUGCUAAAAGGAUACGAUUGGAAUGGUAUCGAGCAUAACAGUACUCAGUACUUACAUACUUUAAUCGAAGCAAUGCGCAUAAGUUUCGCUGACUCGUCGUGGUAUGUCGCUGAUCCAGAACAAGUCAAUAUACCUAUUAAGGAAUUAUUGUCCAAUCGCUAUGCUAAUGAACGACGACAGCUAAUAAAAUCUGAUCGGGCUACAGUAUCAGUUGAAAAAGGGAAACCAUUCAAUUGUAGUGAUACAGUUUAUUUUGCAACAGCUGACAACGAAGGCAACGCAUGUUCAUUUAUUAAUAGCAAUUACAUGGGUUUUGGAACUGGCAUCAUUCCGGAAGGUUGCGGCUUUACAUUACAGAACCGUGGAUCAAAUUUUUCUUUAGAAAAAGAUCACCCGAACAUUUUAGCACCUCGGAAAAGACCUUAUCACACAAUCAUUCCCGGAAUGGCGACAUGUGCAUCUUCUGGCGAUCUUUACGCUAGCUUUGGCGUGAUGGGUGGCUUCAUGCAGCCGCAAGGACACGUGCAGGUAAUGUUGAACAUGAUUGACUUCGACAUGAACCCUCAACAGGCCUUGGAUGCCGCAAGAUUUUGCGUUGGAAGUGGGCAUAAAGGAAGCGCCGGUGGAGUUAAUUUAGAAAAAGGUUUACCGUGUGAUACCCGUGAUAAUUUAGCGGAUAUGGGUCAUGAUGUAAGUGAUCUAAUCGAAGGGCAUGGACGAGCGCUAUUUGGCCGAGGACAAAUCAUCUUAAGGAAAGAGGAUGGCAACGGUUGUCGCACCUGGUGGGCAGGCUCCGAUCCAAGAGCGGAUGGAUUAGCCAUUGGCUAUUAG